CUUGCCAUGGGGUGGCUCCGGUGGCCAGUUUGCCUGCGUUGCGGCAAGAAGGAGGAGUUCACCUUGUCCACCGAGAAAAUUGCCGAGAAGGAUGACGAGAACACGGAGCGGGGCAACUGGUCAAGCAAAACGGACUACCUCCUGUCCAUGGUGGGCUACGCCGUGGGCCUAGGCAACGUCUGGCGCUUUCCAUACCUGACCUACCAGAACGGUGGAGGGGCCUUCUUGAUACCGUACACCAUCAUGCUGGCCUUGGCCGGCCUGCCUUUGUUCUUCCUGGAAUGCUCCCUCGGGCAGUUUGCCAGCCUGGGACCCGUCUCCAUUUGGAGGAUCCUGCCCCUCUUACAAGGGGUGGGGAUCACGAUGGUGAUCAUCUCGACGUUUGUGACCAUCUACUACAACGUCAUCAUUGGCUACAGCCUUUACUAUUUGUUUGCCUCCUUCCAAAGUGUUCUUCCUUGGUCCGAUUGUGACCCGGAGUGGGCUGACGAUACCUGCAGCAAGUUGCCCUUAGUGUCUGAAUGCAAUGCAACAAUGCAAGAUGGCACCGUGAUCCAUGCCAAUUACACUUGGGUCACCAACCAGAAUUUGACUUGCCUCAACGACACCAUGGUCUUUGCCAAAACCCAGGUGCCCAGCGAGCAAUAUUGGAACAAAAAGGUCCUCCAGCGAUCGAGCGGAUUAGACGAGACUGGAGAGAUUGUGUGGUAUUUGGCCCUCUGCCUUCUCCUCUCCUGGCUGAUCGUAGCCGUGGCCUUAUUCAAAGGGAUCAAGUCUUCUGGGAAGGUUGUCUACUUCACAGCCAUUUUCCCUUACAUCGUCCUCAUCAUAUUGCUGGUACGCGGCGCCACAUUGGAAGGAGCCCGGGAAGGCAUUGAGUAUUACAUUGGGACCCAAUCCAACUUCACCAAGCUCACAGAAGCAGAGGUCUGGAAAGAUGCAGCAACCCAGAUUUUCUUCUCUCUCUCGGUCGCAUGGGGUGGGUUGGUGGCCCUCUCCUCGUACAACAAAUUCCACAACAACUGCUACUCGGACGCCAUCUUCGUCUGUGUGAUCAACUGCCUCACCAGCGUCUUUGCCGGCUUUGCCAUCUUCUCCAUCCUGGGACACAUGGCCUUCAAGGCAGACAAGAAAGUCUCGGAGGUCGUUGAUUCAGGCUUCGACCUGGCAUUUGUUGCCUACCCAGAGGCGCUCUCAAAGCUACCAGUGGCUCCUCUCUGGUCCUUUUUGUUCUUCUUCAUGCUACUGCUGUUGGGCCUCGAUUCCCAGUUUGCUACUAUAGAGACAAUCACAACCACCAUCCAGGACAGCUUCCCCAAAUUGAUGAAGAAAAUGAGGAUGCCAGUGACACUCGGUUUAUGUAUGCUGCUCUUUCUGCUUGGGCUGGUCUGUGUCACCCAGGCAGGAAUCUACUGGGUCAACCUGGUGGAUCAUUUCUGCGCUGGAUGGGGAAUCCUUUUUGCAGCCGUCCUUGAGCUGGCAGGGAUUUGCUGGAUUUAUGGAGGAAACCGAUUUAUCGAAGACAUCGAAAUGAUGAUCGGGAAGAAAAGCUUUCUCUUCUGGCUUUGGUGGAGAGCUAGCUGGUUUGUCAUCACCCCUUGCCUCUUGCUUGCAAUCUUGGUUUGGUCUUUGGUCACCUUUUCGCCUCCAAUGUACGGCAGCGUGAAGUAUCCCGGCUGGGGAUCAGCGGUCGGCUGGUGCAUGAUCAUGUUCUGCCUCAUUUGGAUCCCCGUGGUUGCGGUUUACAAGAUAGUGAAAGCACAAGGCAGCCUGUGGCAGCGCCUUGUCACCUGUUGCAAACCGCAGCCGAAUUGGGGUCCAUCCUUGGCCUGCCAUCGUGGUGAAAGGUACCAGGACAUGGUCGAUCCAGUCAAGGAACGGGACAUGGAGAUCCCGACCGUGGAUAGCUAUGUACACAAGAUGGACUGAAGAGCCACGCCAAGCGAGAAGAAGUCUUAUCCAUUGGGAAACCUUGGGGGGGAAAUGGCUUUGUAAAUGGAAGCCGCGCUAUUUAUUCUGAGAACCUUGAACCAUUCCACUACAAAGCAAUGGCUCUCCAUGGAUCCUGGAGACAGGUUCUCCAGAUGCUCACGGAUCUAUCAGCCUGUACCAUUGCAGGAUGCUGUGAGGUGCAGUCCGUCUCCUGUCCUCUUCCAUGGUGCUUGAACAAGAUCCAUGCUGUGCAUGAAGGAAAAUUGAGGUGUGCAUUGGAUGGAGGAUGUCCAGACCUUCGGUUCCCAAUUUAGUUCCCAGUCGGUCUCUAGGACAGUCUUUGCUCAGCCAAGUUCCCUUCAGAGAAAGGAACCUGAGCAAACCCUCCCUCCAUCCCACACUGUCAGUGCUUUAACUCUCUGCCUCGAAAAAUAAGGACCUCCCCAGGAGUCCUGCCCUACCUCGCAGGGGUGUUGCAAUGUGUAAUGCACUUCCAAGGAAUACUUUGAGGGUGAUUAAAAACCAUGUGAGGCUGUGAUUCUGUGCAUCGACGAAUUCAGUGGGACUCAGGCCUGAGCGGACAUGCUUGGGAAUACUUUUGCAUCCGUGGAUUUAUUUUAUCAAGCAUAAUUUAUUUCUGUUCUUUGUUGGAAAAUUUAGAUUGCAUAAUUUAUUUUGUAUUUCCUCUUCUGGGGAAAAAGGCAAAGGGCCUGAAACCCUGGAAAUCCUACUGUUUGGAGAAGUUAGCUGGCAUUGCUCAGGAGUAGCUUCGUCUUCGUAAGGAGGGACAACUUGGAUUUUUUAUUAUUAUUAUUUUAAAAAUUCAUUUCUGAAGAAUCUUUGUUGUGAAUCUGGGCUGUGUAGUGUAAUGGUUAUGAUGUUAGACUGAGCCAUGAAACAUGGACUGGUUGCACUCUUUCUCAGCCUGUCCUACUUUGCAAGGUUGCUGUAAGGAUAGGGAGAGAUGUGUCUGUCACCUUGAAUUCAUUGGAAAACAGGGAGGGAGAUAUACAUGUUAACAAAAUUAAUAAGCAUAUUCUUAAAAGGUGCUGGGUGGCUGGCUGGCCAGCCAAGAACUAACUUUUGCUAUGCUUCAGUCUUGCAUUGACUUUGUAUUUCUGUGUACAUCUUAGCAUGAGUUUGGCAAAGGUGGCCACAGGUUCUUGCAAGAGAGAGCUUCCUCUUUUGUUGCCAUUACUGCAGCUUCAUCAAGAAAACUGGAGGAUUGAUGGGUGAAAGGGGGAUGUUUCCUCCUCUUAAAAGCAUUGCCCCAAAGGGCCAGCACUCAGUAUGCAGUUUUCUCCUUGAAACCCACAGAUAAUGCUGGCUAGAGUCCACAUUCUUUGGCCUUUUUAGUAGGUCUUUGGGGAUGUUUAGGCCUUGGAAUUGUUGCUUUGCAAGGUUUGGUGCCAUGUUUUCUAAAACUGCCAGAUGAUACUUGAUGCUGGGAGUCUGGAAACACUCUCAUUUUAACCCCGGCUUGUAGUUAUAUGAAGAGAAAAGAAGAUCCCACUGAAACCUUAGGAAGAACUUUCUGAUGGUCAGAGCUGUGAGUCUAUGGAGUUUAUCACACUGGGACUGGUUUCGGCAUUACAGAGAGAUUAAGGCACAUUUAAAGCAUCCUGCAAAUGAAGCAGAAAUGGCAAGCAACUGCGCGAAUGACUAUCACGUGCAAUUGUGCAAAUGAAGCGAUAUCGGAAAUGCGUUGUUGCUGAAAUCCCAAAAGUAAAAAGAUGCGCGUUGAUGCUUCUUUCUGACCACUUUGACGGCAGGUUUUGUGCGACGUCAUGUGAAAUCGUUGCACGUCAUUAGGUGAUUUUUCUUCAAUAUUCAUGGGAUAAACUCCUGGUCUCCUUUGUGUGAUAAACUCCUAUGGAAAGUUUUGAGUCAUCAAAACAAGAGAAAGAAAGUACGUAGUAUUAUUCCAUCCUUCUGGAGGAAUACCGUAUGAGCUCCUCACACAACGCCUUCAUACAAAUAGUCUGCUUUCCAGAUUUCUUAUGAAAGGCAGGUAUAUCUUUUGUUCUGUUUUAUAAAAUCCCUCUGCUUAUGACUUGGCAGGAUAGGAAAACCACUGCGAAGUCAAAGCCUUUCACAACUGGCAUCCAUAGUAUUUUUGUGAGUGUUUCGGACUAGGAAGCCAUGUUCUCGAAGAGUUUAUUCCUGACGUUUCGCCUGCAUCUGUGGCUUUGGCAUCUUCAGAGAAUCUCUUCCAGAGCAUGGCCACAUAGCCUGAAAGACCCACAAAAAAGCUACGACAACCACAUUUCCCAGUGGUCCCUUACAACGUGCAUGUUCUAGUAGUGAUGAGGAUGGCUGCUUCAGCUAAAGGUGCCUUGCCUCUCUUGACAAUUUUCCGUCGUACAGAGGUUGCAAGGCACAGAAGUCCAGCUUUCUCAAAUGAGCGCUUGGGCAUUGCGGAGCACAAUGAGUGAGAACAGACCUUUCCACCUCACUGACCAUUAUUCCGCAAUGUGCGUUGUCUUGCACACAAAAUGGCUGCCAUGGCAGAGACGGGGGUCUCGGAUGCUUGGUGACGGGGGGGCGACCCUGGUGUGCCUGUCUACCUAAUUUUUAUACAGGGAUGUUUUGUUUAUUAUUUAAAUUAAUA